GGGACACACAAGUACAAAACUCAGCACAAAUAUUAGCCUCAUUUUCUCAUUGCUUUCCUAUUUUUUGUUACAUGAACUCAUCAAGUUCUUAGUAAACUUAACCUCUUCUUUUAUCUCCAAGCACUUGCUUUGUUCAACUUGGUAUUUUUGGUUUUGGAAUCAGCAUCUUUCUCAUCUACAGCAAAGAGGAAACAAUAAUUUUGUAAGGUCAAAUUUGACCACUUGUUCGUUGAAAAAAGAAGAAGAUAUGAAUGAUCUUGAUGCAGAUGAGUCGGACUAUGUUGAAAUGGAUCCUUCUGGGAGAUAUGGAAGGUAUAAUGAAAUUCUUGGUAAAGGAGCAUCAAAGACAGUUUAUAAAGCUUUUGAUGAGUAUGAGGGAAUUGAGGUGGCCUGGAAUCAGGUAAAGCUUUUCGAUUUUCUACAAAGUCCAGAAGAACUUGAGAGGCUGUAUUGUGAAAUUCAUCUGCUCAAAACUUUGAAGCAUAGCAAUAUCAUGAAAUUCUACACUUCUUGGGUUGAUGCUGCUAAUCGAAAUAUAAAUUUUGUGACAGAAAUGUUCACUUCUGGUACUCUCAGACAGUAUAGGCAAAGACACAAAAAAGUAAACAUUAGAGCUUUGAAACAUUGGUGUAGGCAGAUCUUGCAAGGCCUUCUUUACCUCCAUAGCCAUGACCCUCCUAUCAUCCACAGGGAUCUCAAAUGCGACAAUAUAUUUGUCAACGGUAACCAGGGGGAGGUAAAGAUUGGUGAUCUUGGCCUUGCUGCAAUACUUCGUAAAUCUCAUGCUGCUCGCUGUGUUGGAACACCAGAAUUCAUGGCCCCUGAGGUGUAUGCAGAGGAAUACAAUGAAUUAGUAGAUAUUUAUGCAUUUGGAAUGUGCGUUCUGGAAAUGGUCACCUUUGAUUAUCCAUACAGUGAAUGCUUUCACCCUGCUCAAAUAUACAAGAAAGUUAUAUCUGGUAAAAAACCUGAUGCUCUUUACAAAGUUAAUGAUCCUGAGGUACGAGAAUUCAUUGAGAAGUGCCUAGCCACAGUAUCUUGUAGGCUUCCUGCGAGGCAGCUUCUGGAGGACCCUUUUCUUCAGAAUGAUGAUUAUGGAUCUACAUUUACACCAUUAGAUUGCAGAGAACUUAUCGGAAUAGGCUCUAUGUUAAGACAGCCUUCCUUCGAAGAUCAAUAUAGUAAGAAUUCUUUGGUCAAUGAUUGCUCCAGUUAUAUUGGCUAUGAACCAGGCGUUGACCUGGAUUACUUCACGCCUGAUUUCCGAUCAAAUGAAAGUGAUACAUUGUUAAAUCAAGAAGAUGAGGAUUUCGAAAAUGUUGGAAUCACUAUUAAGGGGAGGAAAGAAGACGAUGGCAUUUUUCUAAGGCUUAGGAUUGCUGAUAAAGAAGGCCGUAUUCGAAAUAUAUACUUCCCAUUUGAUAUGGAAACAGAUACAGCACUGAGUGUAGCUGCAGAAAUGGUUUCAGAACUGGAAAUUACAGAUCAGGAAGUUACUAAAAUAGCAGAGAUGAUUGAUCGCGAAAUUAUUUCUUUAGUACCAGAGUGGAAAACUAGAUUAGGCCAAGAAGAGAUUCCUGAUCACACGAGUCGUAGCUUUUGUCAAAGUUGUGCUGGCAAUGGCCCUUAUAAAAGCUAUCUUUCCUCGAGCAACUCAUCUGCAAAAAAUCCCCACUGCUCAAGAGACGGGUGUGCUGCUAUGCAUGGUCGAUUUGAAGAGAUUACUUACCAAUUUGACACAACCGAACAGUGUGUUACAGAUGAUGCACCAGUAGUAUCAAGUCAAUCAGAUGACGUGCACUAUUCUGAUAUUUGGGGCCAACCUGAUGAGCCUGAGUUAUGCUUGCAAGAAUCAGAUGAUGAAAAACAACCAGAAGAAUCGUGUCUAAAGGAGGAAAUGAAAUAUGUCAAUGAUGAUAGUGAUACACAUUCUUAUACGGAAAAAUCUCAGUCCAGGAAUCUUAUAAUAUCUCGCAAUUUAGAAGAGGACUAUGAGAAUGAGAUUAGGAAAGAGUUAAGGUGGCUCAAAGCCAAGUAUGAAAUACAGUUACGAGAACUUAAAGAUAUGCAAUUAAGAUCCUUGUCAAGAACUGGAAGUUUUUCUCCUCGUGCAGAUAACAGAAAAGAAGAGAUCAAAGAUAAAGUGUCAAGUUCAGUUUUGUCAGAAAAAAAGAAUGAAGAUUUACUAAGAUCUGUAGAUUCUGGGAAGCAUUACAGUUUGUGCUUUCCUGUUAACUAUGGAAGCACCUGCGCAAGCCAAGGAAUUCAAAAUUUCGAUGCAGCCUUUGGAGCUUACGGUCCGAAGCAUGUGGUUACUACCAACGGUUUCUAUGCAGAAGAAUUGCUUCCACAAUCGCUUCAUAGAGCUUCUUCUCUUCCAGUUGAUGCUGUAGAUUACUAACCCUCAAUUUCUGACAACAAGAAGCCACUCUGUUCUUUCUCUGCACCUCAAAUAACUAACAUGAUUGAAUAAGAUAAGAAUAUAAAUUUUUGUUUUUGUA